CAACUAUAUAUAUAUAUGGAUACAUGGAGACUAUACAUAUACACAGAUACAUGCAUUCAUACACACAUAUACAAGAGCAAGAGAGGGAAGCAAGAGAGAGAAAAAAGAUCAGAGAAAUGAUCAAUAUUUCUGUCAACGUGAGCCGAUGUGGGGGUUUCUUCUCUGUAUGUAUAUAACAAAUCAAAUAUUAAGUGUCUGCAUAUAUGCCAAAACACUUGUCAUUCAAUCAGGAGCCACCUCCUUUAAUGUCGCCUGUGUAAUAUUUGAUGGUAAUAAUGAAGAACAGUUUAAGCAACGCCUUACCAAACGUUAUAUAGUAUACAAACAAACAUAACGUGGAUCAAACAUACAGACGUAUUAUUGUUUGUUGCUGAAGUACUUAACGCUAUACUAUCUGAAUCCAGACACCACGGCUCUUCCUGUGUAUUUAAGCGGUAGCGGAGGCUGCCGCUGCCGCCGCUGCCGCUUCCUCCUCUGGAGCUCCGGCGCGGAUGGAAAGCGCCCAGAAGCUAAAGGAGCAGUUUCGUGCGAGCAAACGGCCCGGCGGAGAAAAGUUUCUGCAAACUAAAAAGUUCCUGGAUGCGCGUUGCGAUGACGUGGAGGAAGUGACCCGCCGCCCUCGGACAGCUCGGACGCGGAUGUUGUUCAGCUUUUAACAAGUUUAGACAGCUAACGCUGCGCAGAGGUUAGCUAACGUUAGCCGGCUCGCUCAAUAUCACGACCGACUUUCGCGGUCUCCGUCACCUGCGUCCACUUGUCAAUAUUAUAACUGUGCCGUAAAAAGAGGAAUUUGUCCCCGUAUUGCUCCUAAUAGCAGGCGUCGCUCCAGCGGGAUGGCUGUUUGUUACGCUACGCACGAAGCUAACUGUCUAUAGCUAGCGUUAGCUUGUUUGAAUGCUAGCUGACGUUAGCUAACGUUGCCAAGCAGCAACUUCGGCAGCAGAGUUCCUGCGAGCUCGCAACGACAGUAUCGAGGCCAUCAGUCGACCUCUGCCGCCCAAAGCAGUCGAGCCGCAGUCAUGUUCGAAAUGGAGACGCAUAUAUCGUGCCUUUUCCCGGAGAUCCUGGCCAUUAUUUUCAGUUAUCUGGACGUUAAAGACAAAGGAAGAGUAGCCCAAGUGUGCGCGGCCUGGAGGGACGCGUCCUACCACAAGUCCGUGUGGAGGGGGGUGGAAGCCAAGCUCCAUCUGCGGAGAGCCAACCCGUCUCUGUUCCCCAGUCUGCAGACUCGGGGGAUCAAAAAAGUUCAAAUUCUCAGCCUCCGGCGAAGUCUGAGCUACGUGAUUCAAGGGAUGCCGCACAUCGAAAGCCUUAACCUGUGUGGGUGUUUCAACCUCACGGACAACGGACUUGGCCAUGCCUUUGUGCAGGACAUCCCAUCGCUGCGGGUGCUGAACCUCAGCCUUUGUAAACAGAUCACUGACUCCAGCCUGGGCAGGAUUGCCCAGUAUCUAAAAAACCUGGAGGUGCUUGAACUUGGGGGAUGCAGCAAUAUCACCAACACCGGCCUGUUGCUCAUUGCCUGGGGCUUGCACAGACUCAAGAGCCUUAACCUGCGCAGCUGCAGGCAUGUGUCCGAUGUGGGCAUCGGUCACCUGUCGGGCAUGACCCGCAGCGCGGCAGAGGGCUGCCUGUCCUUGGAGAAGUUAACCUUGCAGGACUGCCAGAAGCUGACCGAUCUUUCCCUGAAACACGUCUCAAAGGGCCUUAACAAGCUCAAAGUGCUCAACCUCAGCUUCUGCGGCGGGAUAUCAGAUGCGGGGAUGAUCCACCUGUCGCACAUGACGCACCUGUGCAGCCUGAACCUGCGGUCGUGUGAUAACAUCAGUGACACGGGGAUAAUGCAUCUGGCCAUGGGCUCCCUCCGGCUGUCUGGACUCGACGUCUCCUUCUGUGACAAGAUCGGAGACCAGAGCCUGGCUUACAUCGCCCAGGGGCUGUACCAGCUCAAGUCGCUCUCUCUCUGUUCCUGCCAUAUCAGCGAUGACGGCAUCAACAGGAUGGUACGGCAGAUGCACGACCUCAAGACUCUCAACAUUGGACAGUGUGUGCGGAUCACAGACAAAGGGUUGGAGUUGAUAGCUGACCACCUGACUCAGCUGACAGGGAUCGAUCUGUACGGUUGUACUAAGAUCACCAAGAGGGGUCUGGAGAGGAUCACCCAGCUCCCGUGCCUUAAAGUGUUGAACCUGGGACUGUGGCAGAUGACCGAGAGUGAGAAAGUGAGGUGAAAUCUCCGUUAUGUAGUCUGCAUCUUUAAUCGUGUAUAGUGCUCAGUUGGACGGUCUGUAUCCACUCUUAAUUUUACUUUCUAUACUGUGACUAAAAACAAGGAGAGGGGCUCGGCAUUGAUCACUGGAAUAUUGUUCACCGCCCCUGCAAUACUCCUCUUUUGGUUUCAGUCUUGCUCUCUUCUGAAGUGCAUUGUUUAAUCCCAGCCUGUCUCCAGUUCUUACUAUCUAGCUACCUCACCCAUUAAACACAGGAGUGCCUACUAUCGCCGAAUACUAAAUUUCGGUGCAUAUUUUUGUGACUCACAUACCAAUGGCGACUUAGAUAUUUUAAAAGAUCUCAUUGCAGAAUAAUAGCUAGGCAUUUUAACCCUUAACAGAAAGUCAAAUUUUGAUAGAACUGGUUUUUUUGGCUGUAUUUUUUUACUUGUAACCAAUAUUUUUUGUAUUGAGUGAAAAAAUUGUACUUCAAAUUGAAGUGGGUGGAUCACUCCCGUCUGUCUUUGUUUACCUGUGUAUAGUUGGCUAUGUUUCAUAUUCCUGAGGAAAUAAUGUCUCGGAUGUUCCAGUAUGCUACUCUGUCAAAGGUUCAUCAACACGACUACAGUAAGGUGUAGUAAUUAACAGCUGCCAAGGCUAUAUGCAAUACCUUGAAACUGUUUUAUCAGUGUUUUUUCUCCUGAGGAGCUUCCAACGAUAGAGUAUUUGUUUAAAAAAAAACAGUAAUUUAAGAUUGUUUUAUAUUCAUACAGUAGUGAUAUUUAUGAAUAAAGAUGGCAAAUAUGUUUCA